CUUUACAGUUCUUAACUUUUCCAUUAAGUUUGCCAUCUCAGACAAAUUUAAAAUCACCGCGCCGAAACGUUUGUUUUUCUCUACACAAAUGUUACAAUAAUUCGUUUUUCUUUUAAAUUGAUUAUUAAAAGUGUUCAAAAUGCCGGUAAAAUCAGUGUAUUGUAAAAUUAGCACCGGCGAUCAAACCCGUUGUAAAAAAGUCAAGUUUGAAAAACACGAAGAUGACAGUGAUUGUCAAAAAAUCACAGAAGCACUUUUAAAUAGUGCUAAAAAAGAUGUAGCUCUCGAUGCGACAUUGAGAAAUAAAUUUUUGGUUCUACAACAAGAAAACCAGAAACUAAACCAAUACUGCGAUCUCGACUCACAAGAAUCAGUUGCAAAUGAGAGUAUUUUAAAUGUUCUAUUAAUCUCAAAGCAAAAAGCAGAUGAUAAAUCUGACGAAACUUCGACAUGUGAUUACAAAGUUGUAGCAACCUACGAAAAUCCUGUAUUCGACGAAAAUAUCGUGCACAAAAGUGUUUCCAACUUAAUUAUUGAGUUUGAGGAAGAACUUUACGAAUGUGACCCGUCGAUUUCAAAGCCAAAAAGGCGUUCUUUUCAAACACCUCGUGUUAACUAUCCGGCAGAUUUACCACCGUUGCCUCAAAAACUACAACAAAUAAAAGACAAAAAUAAAGUAUAUGAAUGCCAGUUGCAAUUCAUAUUUUUGAGGUCCACUCAUCUGGAAUCUUUAACCGAUGGAUGGCCAACGAAAACAGAAUACUUCAACUAUUGCAAAACGAUCGUCGAUUUUUUUCCCGAGCUAAAAGGAGGCACUAAAAACAAUUUUGAUGUUCUGAAAAAUCAGAUAUCAACAGCCAUUCGCAAUCGACGAUAUCAUCAAAAUCAAAAAUUAAAAAAAACUGGAGAAAAACGAAAAAGUUCAGAGUUGUGUUCCGCACCUGCGAAGAAAAUGAAAGUUAGUGACCAAGUUGACAAUGCUGAAGCUAUGACGGCUUUAAAAAACUGUAGUUCUUCUGAUAACUCAAACCACGUUCAACGACUUUUGAGGGAAACUUACGAUCAACGAAGAAUGUGGAUUGUAGACGAAGCGAAAAAUGUGCGGGAUAUCAUCCAAAAAUGGCCGCAGCUUCAAUCGUAUGCAGCAGUAAGUAUAUUAACUUCUCCUGUUUUCUUUAUUUAUCCUCUAAAAUAAAGAAAAAUUAAACACACUACACACUCU